GGAGCUGCAAGCUGUUUCCCCUCUUCCUAUUCCGUCGUAUGAUUUACCUUAAAAUGGCAUGACAUCCGUCGCUAAAGUAAAAUACUCCUUAGAACGUAGCCUACCGUCUGGGGUUAGCUGACAAGGUCCAUCUCUGUGUGAGUCAUGCUCCUGGUGGAUCCCGGUGUGUUCAUUGGAACCGCGGCCGACCUUAAUGACAGUCAGGGGUUGGCAGAAGCCGCCAUCACUCACAUACUGUCUGUGGACUCUGUGGACCCAGGGCCUCUACUGCCUAUGGACUCUGGCUAUUGCGGGAAAUGGAUCAACGUCCUGGAUGAAGUGACAGCCGACCUCUUGAGCUACUUGGACGACUGCUAUCGGUUUAUUCAGGAGGCUGUGGAUGGAGGCGGUGCGGCGCUUGUCCACUGUCCAGGGUGGUCUCACCCCCAAACGUCAGGUGGGAUAGACUCCAGCUCAUCUAUGAAUCUAAAAAGGACAAUAGGGAUGGAUGGAUUUCAUACCAAUUAUAUGGCUGGACGUAGUCGCAGCGCCACUAUUGUGACUGCUUUCCUCAUGAAGCGAUACAAGCUGGGCUUCGCUGAGGCUUAUCAUAGACUGAAGAGUGUCAAGCAGGAUGUACAGGUCAACAGUGGUUUUGAGGAGCAGUUGUGUCUGUAUGAGGCCUUGCAGUGUGAAGUGGACACCAGCAGCCCUCUGUAUAAACAAUACAGACUGACCAAGAUCACUGAGAAAUACCCUGAGUUGCAGCAGGUUCCCAGGGAAGUGUUUGCAGCUGACCCCGCUCAGUCCAAAUCAUCUGAAGCCUCCUAUCGUUGCAGGAAGUGCAGAAGAACUCUGUUCCGUAGUUCCAGUCUUCUCAGUCACCCAGUGGGAGAAGGAGCGACAGCUUUUGGCCACAAAAAGUCCACUAACCUGACUGAAGGAGUCCAGUGUACAUCAUACUUCAUUGAACCAGUGCAGUGGAUGGAACAAGCUUUACUUGGCGUAAUGGAUGGACAGCUGCUGUGUCCUAAAUGCCAAUCCAAGCUGGGUUCGUUCAGUUGGUGUGGAGAUCAGUGUUCGUGCGGCCGCUGGAUCACGCCUUCCUUUCAGCUACAUCGAAACAGAGUGGAUGAGAUCCGGCUCAUUAACAUACAGAGAUAACGCACGACACUCCUCACAGUUGGAAAUAAACGACACACAAUGUAAUCCGCACAUCACUUCAAAUAAAAAUGUCUCAUCAAUACAGUAGCUAUCUUACCCAUCAGUACCUACCUACCGUAUAAUAUCUAAAAAUGACCAAGUGUCCCACCGUGCUGCUCAUCCCGAGCAGAGAACACAAAAAACAACGACGACAAAAAUCUGGUCAUGACAAAGUGUACUGUACUGUGUUCGUUUCUCAUAAAGGUUUGUACUGAUUUGUAUUGCAUAUUUGGUAUUGUUGAUCCAUCUGUACUGCUUGUCCCCAUUAGGGUACCGGAUGAAGUCAUGAAGUCAUAUGAAGAGGUUCUCCGUUGAUGGUUGUUCCCGACAUAUGUGUUCUCUAUGCACAGCACGAUGUAGUGGUUGGCGCACGAACGAGUGUGCUCUCCUAACAGGCGUCCUGUCUGAAGCAAUGCGGCCUGACCUGUCACCGCCAUAUCGGCAGUCCUCCACGCUUCGCAGUAGUUCAUGGUUGUACGGAUUCCCAUAGUGCUAGAACCAUGCCAAAUCAGCUUCUCUGGCCUGGAAAGGAGGGAAAGAGACAUAAAUGCAGUAAGUAGUCUGCACCUUGGAGUGGGUGCCAGUCAGUCACAGACUAACGCUGUUAGUCCCAGGAUACAGAUGGAUCCUCCAUGGCUUGGAGAAAGUAACCACCUGGGCUAGGAUGCCGUUCAAGCCAGAAAAAUCCAAGUCCCCGGUACUAAAGCGAGGGAAGGUAACAGACCGGUUCCAUUUCUCCCUUCAAAGUACACCAAUUCAAUCAGUCACAGAGAAGCCUGUGAAGAGCCUUGGAAAAAAUAUUUUACUGCUCUCUAAAGGAUGCCUCUUCCAUCAAGGCAAGGAAUGAACAGCUGGAGAGCUGGCUGACUGCUGUCGACAAAUCAGGCCUUCCAGGUAAAUUCAAAGCCUGGUUAUAUCAACAUGGCAUCCUACCCCGGAUUCUGUGGCCUAUGCUUGUGUACGAAUUUCCUAUCUCUUCCCUUGGAAGGACUUGACAAAAGGGUUAGCAAUUACCUCUGCCGGCGGUUGGGGUUGCUGAGAAGUCUGAGCACCAUCGCCCUCUACGGCAAUAAGAACAAGCUGAUGGUACCGUUCAGCAGCCUUAGCGAGGAGUUCAUGGUCACCAGAGCUAGGGAGGUUCUUCAGUCCAGGGAGUCCAAGGACCCAGAGGUGUCAAGUUGGCAUUGAAGUCAGAACAGGCAGAAAAUGGAGGUCACAUGAGGCGGUGGAUGAGGCAGAAUCCAGUGUGCGUCGCUGGAACUGGUGAGAUCUGUGGCUUGCUGCCAUGCAUGACUGGGAAACAUGGCAACUGCCCAUUAGAGCAGGCUGAACGGCAAGGAGAGGCGAGACCUGGUCCAAAAAGAAAUGAGCGCCAGGCUGGAGGAGCAGCAUGCUUACCAGAUGGUUGGAAUGACGCAGCAGGGUGCACGGACCAGAUGGGAAGAUGCCAUGUAGAGGAAGAGCUCGUGGGCAGACUUGUGGAGAGCUGAACUGCACUGCAUCAAGUUUCCCAGUCAAUAUAUGACACCCUGCCCAGUCAAUCCAACCUCUUUUGUCGGGGAAAAGUUGAAACGUCAGUGUGUACCCUGUGCCAGGGAAGAGGAUCCCUGGAGCAUAUCUUCAGUAGUUGUCCUAAGGCGCUUUGGGAUGGGCGCUAUCGCUGCAGCUAUGACUAAGUGCUAAACGAAUACAAACGACUACAACCACACAGGCGCAAAGUCCUGUUAUUAAGAGCAGGAGAAAUCCCACCCCGGACGACAAAAAGCUCAGACAGGCCUAUUGGGAACGGCAAGUGACUAGUUGCGAAGGGUAGACCUGGGGAAGCAACUCCGAUUCCCCAAUGACAUCGAGGAGACGCGCCUCAGACCGGACAUAGUGAUGUUCUCAACAACAUCCAAGCAGGUUCUCUUGAUGGAGCUAGCAGAGCCCUGGGAAGCAAGGAUGGAAGAAGCCAGUGAAAGGAAGAGGGAGAAAGGAAGUACACAGAGCUGGUGGAGCAGCGCUGGAGACUGGAGUGGCGGGAGAUGAUUUUGCUGUGGGAUCCAGGUGCGCACUUCAUUAAGUGGAACUCUUGACUUGUCAAGGAAAAUUCUCUACAGGUAUGCGUAUCACAAAAAGUCCGUUAUGUAAUUUCCUCUCUUUGCCGCCGAUUUAAAAAAAAAAAAAAAAAAAAAAAAAAAAAAAAUCAAUUUAAAUUAAAAUGUCUUAUUUCCCCCAGUGUAGUAGCAGUAACACUGAGGAUGCGCCGUAAUUCUUUCUCUCUCUAUCUCUUUCUUGUUUGUGUUUUUUUAACACGUAUCAAGGCAAAUUCCCUACAGGUGUGCACAUGUGCAUGCGCACUGUUCGAUAGAUUAUUAUUCUUAUUUUUUGCUUGUACACCAUGCCUUUGUGCGUACGUAUACUUUUAGGAAGAAUCCUACACACGCUUUGAUAAGUGAGGCCCCUGCUCCCCCGCGACCCUAAACGGGAUAAGCGGUGUCGAGAAUGGAUGGAUGGCUCACCCUCCAAUUGGCUAAUGAUGGGUGCCUUCACAUCAAGAGAGGAAAACAAAAAUUCAAAAUGUUGGGUUAUGCAUGAUCUCAAGUGCUUUUAUUAUCAUGACUAUGUAAUCUUCUGGAAUGAAGCUGAAAACAUUCCACCACGCUUUCAGUCACAGAAACUUACCAUCCCGAAUCGGUCAUCACAUUGCGUCCAUCGAAGGAGUAAAUGGGGAUGGAGGGGUCAAAUGUGCCACCAUUUCCAGAGAAGAUGGAGCGCCAGCUUUUGAACAGCAUCUGACCCUGAAAGGAGAGGACAGCAAAAAAAAGAGAAUAGUCCUUUUGGUGAUUCAUCCCCAGGCGAAACUGUGAAGCAUGUAUAGGCCUCCUCACCCUGAGAUUAACCACAGGCAUGUCACUGCGGUCUGCCUUCCUCACAAUGGUGGCCAGAUCUUGGAGGUGCGAGGACAGGAAGGCCCUGUAUGUGCUCGUCAGCCCCACGGCCCGUGCCUGCUGGUAGCACUGGAAGUCGGCACCGCGGAUCCCUCGCAUAUCCCCUUUCAAUGGGGUGUUCAGAGCCACGAGAUGGAGCUACACCACAGAGAACAUACUAUUAGAACAGAUCUCAUUUUUAUCCAUGAAGCAACUUUGUUGUAUUGUCUACUCGACUUAUCGCUCCAUACUCAACGCAGUACUUCAUUCAUCUUGUGCUGGUUUUCACUACUUUUUUACAAUGUGCGCCAUUUCUAGCACAUUACCACAUUUAUGUUUGAAAUGUCCUAAAAAAAUAAAGCUUUUAAAAUCAUGACUAAUAUAGUAAAUUUGUAGGUACACUAGGGAUCGGCAACGGGCCCCUCGAUUAGUUUACACCCCCAAAAUUAUUUUUGAGGGAAAAUUACAAAUGUUUCCUCUACUAUACCUGCUCAGUUGUAAUAGCACCGUUCAAUCAUUACUGGAUUGCAGACAUCGCUUAGUAGCACUUCCGCUGGGUCUUCUCCACGAAGAAUAUCAUCAAGAAUAUAUGUUUAACAAAUUUACUCUAUCACGCACAACUCACAGUCAGGGUUUCAUGCAAACAAAGUGCAACAUAAAUAUAAGACAACAGUUAAUCAAGACACAAGCUAUUGUGAUGUACAAAAUGUAUAACUGUGUUUCCUCUACUUUUCCUCACCGUACAUUUGGGGUACUUUUAGCUGCUCCGAGGUU